AUGGAUGUGUUGAUUACACUUUUCUACAUCCUCUUCGCUAUCUGCGUCGUCUAUCCGCCUACGGAGUUCGUGUCUGCCGGCUUUACUAUACCUCAACUAUUAGACAACUUCCUCGGAUCUGAAAAUGUGAAUUUUAUUGGCUAUCAUAUGAAGAGGAUUACGAUAACCGCUCUUAUACACUCUGCUUUACCGCUUGGGUAUGUGUUCACGCUAUGGUGUGGAGGUGAAGAUAGUGUGUGGAUGCCGUCGGCCGCUCUCGCAACUGGUAUAAUACCCGUCCUUAUGUGCUACAAGAUAGCUUGCUGGUGGGAACGUGAUAAGAAGAAGCAUCCAGUUGUUAAGGCACUGCUGCCAUAUGUGAAUGAAGGCAGCGACUGGAGAGUUAUAGCUUCUCAUUUCAACUUGGAUUUCCGAAGUAUCGAAAAAGUAUCCAUUAACCUGACGGCAACUAGCAAGUUCAUAGCUACUAAUUCAUUCCUAAUAAAGGUCACUCAGUAUGGAAUCAAUAUUGUGAAACAAUCUGACUGUGCCUUGGUUGCUACGGCCACCGAUAGUCACAAUCUGACACCGACAGGAGAAGACGAGAUUCAAUAUGUCAAUAUUGAAGUAAUACCGUCAAGAGAUGAUAUCAAACGAUUCACAUUCAGGAUCUCAACGACUGCCUUACGGGACCUGCAGCCAAGACUGGAACGUCCUGUUAGAGUGCCCGACCAUAUCUCACUCUUGCCAACGCUAAUCGAGAGAUUCGUUAAGGUUUUUAAGCAACACGUUGAACAAAAUCCAGUGUAUUAUGUUGAUCAGGAGCUGGAGCCGUGUAUCGGUUGUAUGCAGGCCCCGGCGGACGUUAAACUGGAUCGCCUAUGUCGGCCGCUGCCUCCGCCCGCCCAGCAUGAUCCUCCGGCACAACCUACACCUCCCUGCCAACAGUGUAACUGCAGAGUUCUAUGGUGCGCGUCAUGUAUGGCCCGCUGGUGGGCUGCUCGUGCUAAUGGCCCCCCCGCGGGCUGGCUGGCCGGUCGGGGCUCGUGUCCUGUCUGUCGAGCCUCGUUCUGCCUCCUGGACGUACGCCCCGCUCGUCCUCCGCCCACAUCCGCCUGA